CAUCACUGCCAUGUUCUUUACCGAUAUAAUUACAUCAUCGUCACAUGCACUUACUUCAUUUUAAAUUUAAUAAUAUUAAAAUAAAAAAACUACAAAACCUAAUCUCUUCAUUAACUACGUUUAAUCAGAAAGAACUUAACACACUAUAAAGACAGAACAUAAGUAAAGCUAUGGAUUUGUCUUCAAAACACAGACAAACAUUAGUAAACUCCCCUGUCGCCGGAGAAAUGGGUGUCUGUUACAAAGAGUGUUUAAAAAACCACGCGGCUAACCUCGGCGGUCAUGCCCUCGACGGCUGCGGCGAGUUUAUGCCAACCCCCACCGCAACACCCACCGAUCCUUCCUCUCUCCGCUGCGCCGCUUGUGGCUGCCACCGUAACUUCCACCGCCGUGACCCUUCCGACCAUCUCAACUUCCUUCCUUCCCAUCCCACUUCCUCUCCCUCCGGCACGGAAUCGCCGCCGUCUCAGUCGCUUCACCACGUGGCUUCCCCUGUCCCCUGCUCUUACUACACUUCAGCUCCUCAUCACGUGCAUCUCUCUCUCGGCUCAGGCUUCCCUUUAGAUCAAGAUCCGACGGGUGUGAGAUCGGAGAACAGCUCAAAGGGAGGAAUGAGGAAACGGACGAGGACCAAGUUCACGCCGGAGCAGAAGAUGAAGAUGAGGGCUUUCGCUGAGAAAGCAGGGUGGAAGAUCAACGGCUGUGAUGAAAAGUUGGUGAGAGGUUUUUGUAGUGAGAUUGGGAUAGGGAGAGGGGUUUUUAAAGUAUGGAUGCAUAAUAAUAAGUAUUCACUUCUCAACGGGAGGAACAGAGAGAUCUUCUCUAUGGAUCCUCGUGGUCCUUGUCUGAACACUCACAGCUGUGACAAUGGUGGAGAAGAUGGAGACACUGUUGAUGGGUCUUCCUCUUCUUGAUUAUGAAAGCUUUGGUGAAGUUAAUUUGAAAUUAAUUGUCAGCGUUAACCGUUUUAAAAUCUUAUUAUAGUAAGUUCUGACAUGUAAUCGAUGAACGAUAAUGCAUAAGCAGUUUUAAAAAUAUUAAUGAGCUUUCA